CUACAGUCACUGACGUGAGGCCACUUCCGGGUUCCGGCGGAACUUGGUGCCGGGGAAUGUGAUAAUGUCAAAAAUGGAUAUGGAUUCGUUUGGGGAAGUGUUGGAAAGUAACGGGCCUAGAAUGCACAGCAGCUUGGAGAGCCAGGGGCACUACGUGCUAAGCACCCUGGCCGAGGUGGUGGAGAGAGUGAUGAGCUUUUUACCCAGCAAAUCCCUGCUGAGGGCAGCCUGUGUCUGCAGAUUAUGGAGGGACUGUGCAUUUCGCAAGCUGAAAACGAGGCAAAGAAUCACAUGGUUAUCUUCCACCGGAUCAGGGGACGUGGAUUUGGGUGGUCACUCCCUGGUCCAAGUUGUCAAAGAAGAGCUUGAGAAGGUUUAUAUCAUUCCAGACAUCUUUCUGUACUUCACAGACUCCGAGUCUCUUAAUGACCGUGGAACACACAGUGUGGCAAAGAAGGCAAGAAAAAAACAUGGUCCUGAGACUGCGGCUGCCCUGGAGAAACUUCUUCCAAAGGAUUGUCAAAUAGUGGGACUCGCCACUCCAGGAACUGUAGUAACUCCAACGGGAUCUCCAAAUAAUCAACCCAUGGAGUUUGAAGAUGGAGAGUCUGGCUUUGCCCUUCUCUUCCCAAAAAUAAAUGGAGUCAACAUUCAAAAAUUUCACUUCUUCAAGGAAUCCAAGAGCAAAGUGUUUGAUGAGAGCAAGCUUCAAGCGGCCGGCCUUAAAAAUAAUCCAGAUCUGCGGGUAGUUUUAAUCUUUGGCUAUAACACAUGGAAAAAUGGAUCAAUGCGAUUCCUUCAUCAAGUCCUAAACCCUCUGAAUGAGAAAAGUAUUAUCAUUGCCGGGGGGCAGGUCGAGUACCUUGCUUCAUUCUCUUCCCAGGCAAAGACCCAGGGAACAGACUGUAUCGGAGUUGUUGGGCUGGCACUGAGUGGCCCUCAGAUCCAAGGAGCCACAGUUCUUCUAGACCAAGAUGUAUUUGAUGAGAAGACUGCAGACUCUGCUAUGCAGCGUCUGAAAGCAGCCAACAUCCCUGAAGAGAAUAGUGUGGGUCUGAUGUUUGCAUGUAUUGGGCGAGGAGAGCAGCACUACAAGAAGAAAAACGUUGAGGCAGAUUCUUUUCGAAAACACUUUCCCACUGUGCCUCUGCUUGGUUUUUUUGGCAAUGGGGAGAUUGGUUGUGACCGAGUAGUUAGUGGUAAUUUUACACUGCGUGAGUGUAAUGGGGAAAAGGACAAUCUUUUACAUGGAUACACUACAGUGAUGACAAUUAUUCAUUUUGGAGUCAGCAAGUAGACCCCACUGUUUGUGACAGUGGUAGUGAGAGUGUAUACAGUAUGCUGACAUUGCAUGUCAUUUUAUGUUGAUACUGCCUCAAAGUAACAAAACAAAUUUGUUAGUUUGUAAACGUUCUUUUUGUAACUUUGCUUUAAUUCUGCUGCAACUAGAAUUGAAAGUUAAAAUUGGGUGUUCAGUUACUUCCAUGUAUUCAACCUGUGCAUAACAUAGCUAAAGACGAAAAAUGUUUGUUCUUUCAAAAUAAAUGAAAAGGCCAAUUGCAGGUGGUUCUAAUUUUCAGUAAUAUGAUGUGCACAGUGGUUGAUUGUUGGGAAUUAGAGCCAACCGCAUAUAACAUUCUGGUUGUGUAACAAUCUCUAGUUUGUUAAUAACAUGCACACAUGUUCAGGGUUAUUUUCCAGGUCCUUGUGUUACAGCAUGUAAUGUCUGGCUCUAAUCAGUUUUUCUUUACAGCCAAAUGCAUUGUUGUUUCAGGGUACAAUUGUUGGCGCAAUGUUAAAUGUUGCAAAUAUUUAAUAUAUGUACUAAAGGAAAAUGCAUAGAUUGCAGAAGAGGCUGUUUAUCUUCUAUAAGUGACCAUUUAACCUUCUGAUAGAAAUAAACCUUUUUUUGUAAAAAUAUAAAUCUCUAUAUAAAUGGUGGUUAUCCAUUGCCUGGUCAUGCACCAUUUUACCGUGUUUGUCUUUGCAGCCAAUACAUCAUUUUAAUCUUU